AUGAUGUCUUCAGCCAUGUUUAGGACCGUGAGGCUCUCACCUCCACUGAGGCUUCGCAACCGGCGACACAGCUCUUCAAUCAGCGCCCUGUACGCUGCUUUCAAGGAUCCUUCAUCACCUUUCCACCUGCCACCCGGAACUCCAGGUCCAGAAUCGCCUGACACUCCAUCAACACAUGCCAACCUGAGCACCUUAGCACGAGAAUCCCCGAGCAGGAUGGAAGCCCUUGAGGAAGCUAAAGAGACACUGCUGCAAAAAGGAUUUGAUCCGCAGUCAUUCUGGGAGCAGCGCAUCGUCUGGGGUGAUCAGGAUCCGUUCCAACAUGUGAACAACGUGCGCUAUAUCCGAUUCUUUGAGUCGGCUCGUAUCAAAUGGAUGAUGUCUCUGGGAGAGGAACUCGGUGGACCAACGAGAGCAGAGGCGAUGAUUAAAGGAAACGGCGUCUCUCUGAUCUUGAAGUCCAUCGACGUGCAAUUCAGACGUCCGGUGACGUUCCCGGACACUCUCUUGAUCGGAUACCGCCCCGUGCCUCCCGCGAGUGGUCAUACCGAUGUUGCAACGUUCCAUGUGGCAGCAUCGGCAUACUCGCUCUCACAAAAGGCAUUCGUAGCCCAUACAAAAGAAGCUUUGGUAUGGUACGAUUAUGAUGCUCUCAAGAAGUGCCACCCCGGAGAGAGGGCUCUGGAGACCCUGUGGGGCCGUGUUAGGGAGCCAUAA